GGGAGAGUGGGCGCAAUAUAACUUUGCUACGAUCGAGACAUUCCUAUUGUCACUACUGAAACGUGCUUGAUCACUCGAUUGAGUGAUUCUUAGAACUGUUCGUCGAGAUGUCGGUCCUUAAUCUUUUGGUCUCUUGGUUACCCCUGAGCAUACCGGUCUUACUGCUGGUUUAUUAUGUACUACCCUUCCUGACGACCUUUCUUUCCUUGUCCAGAGUACCUGGACCUUUCAGCGCUAAGUUCAGUAACAUCUGGCUUGGCUUCUCAGCACGCAAUGGCGGGAAAUUCGCAGCUGUCGAUUGGGCUCACAGAAAGUAUGGCAAGGUUGUCCGUGUAGGAUACAAUCAUGUAUCGAUAGCAGACGAAAGAGCAUUACAGGUCGUUUAUGCUCACGGUAAUGGGUUUCUGAAAGAUACAUUCUACGAGGCCUUCGUGGUCGGCACGACAGGAAUGUUCAAUACUCGAGAUAGAGUCGAACAUACUAGGAAACGGAAGUUGAUGGCUCAUGCUUUCUCUCCCAAAUCGGUUGGCGAGUUCGAACCGUACAUGAAAUCCAAUCUCGAACGGUGGGUUGCGCAACUGGAUCGCAAGUCGGCGUACCCCACUCGAAACGGCUUUGCGGAAUUUGAUGCGAUGCCGUGGUUCAGCUACUUGGCUUUUGAUAUCAUAGGAGAUCUUGCUUUUGGUUCGCCUUUCGGCAUGGUUGAGAAAGGAAGGGAUGAAGUUGAGAUGCAACUCACCCAUGGUGGACCUGUGACCAUUACGCCCGCCGUGGAGGUGUUGAACAGACGAGGAGAAAUAUCAUCCACGCUUGGAUUACUUCCAGCACUUCGUCCGUAUGCGAAAUACUUGCCAGAUCCAUUCUUCACUAAGGGUGUUGAAGCUGUGGCGAAUCUCAAUGGUAUUGCGGUACGUGCCGUCGCCUCUCGCUUAGACGGACUCGAAAAGGGGGAGAAGAUCGGUUCAGGACGGAACGACAUUCUUGAAAGAUUAAUCAAUGGUAAAGAUGCGUAUGGGAAUAGGAUGGAUAGGAAAGAGAUCACGGCAGAGGCUUUGACCCAACUCAUUGCGGGUUCAGACACCAUCUCCAACACAUCGUGUGCUGUGUUUUACUGGAUUUUGCAUGGAGAGCGUGCUCGACCUGGAAAAAUAAUUCCGAGACUUCAGGCAGAGCUUGAUGCAGCAAUGCCACACACCGAAGGCGUUGCCUCAUAUGCUGAGGUUAAAAACCUUCCAUUCUUGAAACGCUGCAUUGACGAGGGAAUGAGACUUCAUUCUACAUCAGCAAUUGGGCUUCCCCGGAUAGUUGUUGGUCAGGCAGUCGAGUUCGACGACUAUAUUUUCCCGCCUGGAACCGUUCUAUCAGUCCCGUCCUACACCAUACACCACCUCGAAGAGAUCUGGGGCCCGGAUGUGGAAGAGUUCAAACCUGAUCGGUGGUUGUCUUUGAAUGCUAGGCAGAAGAUGGCUUUCAAUCCUUUCAGCUAUGGGCCACGUGCUUGUGUUGGCCAGAAUGUCGCUGUUAUGGAAUUGCAGAUCAUUAUUGGAACUGUGUUUCGCAGGUACGAGUUUCAGCUCUAUCAGAAUAUGUUAGAAUCGCACGAAGGAUUCUCUAAGAAGCCAAGGGAAUGCCUGGUUGGUCUCAAAAGACGAGUGGACUAGGGAGACCCAGCGGAGGCUGUUAGACGUUGGACUUGACGCUGUCACGUCAGCAGUUUUGAUGGAGCUGGUCUUGGAGUGCGGUGUUGAGCUCCUCUUACACUAAAGAAAAAUGAAUCGCAAGCAAUAAUACGGCUGGAUCGUG